AGGCGGGGCUUUGGGGACCAAGAGAGAGGAGAAAAGGGAGAUGAGAGGGUGAGAGGGAACAACUGCCAGGGAGCUGUUCAAGGGACCACACAGAAAAAGGCCUCGCUAAAGCAACAAACCUGAUCAUUUUCAAGGACUGAGGUGAAGCCAUGAAGUGCUUGCUGAUCUCCAUAGCCCUAUGGCUGGGCACAGUGGGCACACGUGGGACAGAGCCUGAACUCAGCGAGACCCAGCGCAGGAGCCUGCAGGUGGCUCUGGAGGAGUUCCACAAACACCCACAUGUGCAGUGGGCCUUCCAAGAGAUCGGUGUGGACAGCGCUGAAGAAGUGCUCUUCUCAGCUGGCACCUUUGUGAAGUUGGAAUUUAAGCUCCAGCAGACCAACUGCCCCAAGGAGGACUGGAAAAAGCCGAAGUGCACAAUCAAACCAAACGGGAGAAGGCGGAAAUGCCUGGUCUGCAUUAAAAUGGACCCCAAGGGUAAAAUUCUAGGCCGGAUAGUCCACUGCCCAGUUCUGAAGCAAGGGCCUCAGCAGGAUCCUCAGGAGUUGCAAUGCAUUAAGAUAGCACAGGCUGGCGAAGACCCCCACGGCUACUUCCUACCUGGACAGUUUGCCUUCUCCAGGGCCCUGCGAACCAAAUAAGCCCUAGACAGGACUUCACCUUACUCCCUGUACAGCUGUGGCAGCACCCAGCAGGAGCCUAUCAUCUCCCAGAGACUUUCAACUCCAGGCUAAUAAAAUUGCUGAGUCUGUUCCUUUCAAA